AUGCGCACAAUCACUAAAGAAGCACAGAAAGUGUUGCUUUCUCCUGAGAAUGAGAAUGACAAUGUUCAAGAUUGGAGUUUGGGUUUUGAGGCCCUUGUGAAAAUGGGUAUCCAUAUCAUUGAUUCUGAAAUUAAUGUAGAUUUGAAGGUCGAUUUGAUGAAGAAUAUUUUCUCACUUGUUCUCAAAUCAGUGAACGGGUUAUUCAACAAGGGAAAGGAAGAUUUUGUGAUACAAGGCCUUUACAAUGUUAACAGUUUCGUUGAGAGGGACAAGGUUUUAUAUGGUUCCAGUCAAUGCCUUUUUAUCAAAAAGAUUAUGGAUAAGAUUUCAGAACUAGGAGCAACGAUCAAGGAUCUUGCCAUGAAGAUUCAUGUCUUGGUUACAACACAAGACCACAAUGAAGAUGGUUUGAUCGAAAUGAUAAUGGUUGCCUUGGAUGAGUCAAAAUUAUGCAAAAGGCAGUUGAAGACUUUGAAUGAUAAGAAACACAAGCAAGCUGUAAGGAAUGUAGUAACGAAACUAAGCGAAGGUGUUAUUAAAAUGUUAGAAACUACUUUUCACAUAAAAACUGUGAAUCAACUGAUGGAGCAGGACUNAAUCAUUAGCCAAUCUUUUGUAAAAGACAAAGGAUCUUUCUCAAAACAAAAUGGACAACUCAUCCGUUCAGCUAUUCAAAAGAUUAAGGCUAAUCAGCAGUCAAAAGCUGAAUUGUUCGUCAAAUUUUUCCAAGCAAAGUGUCUGAAGAUUUAUGACAGCAAGCUGAAAGAAAAAGGACUGACAGACGAAGAAGUUUCACACUUUGGAAUGAUGUUAUUCAAUGCGAGGAGAUGCUUGGAAAUGUAUCAGACUUUAGAAGCCAUGAGAUGUGAAGUCAAAAACUUAGGAGGAGGCCAUGAGAUUUUCAGUGUGAUUGAGUGUUUGUUGAUGGAAGCAGAUCGUGAACAGCUUCAAGGUUAUCUUUUCCAUUCACAUCUUCUUUGCCCUAAACCAGAGAAGAAGUCAGUAGUAGUGAGCAAAGCCGAAGCCGGUACUAGUACUGCUGAACUGAGCAAAGCAGUGAGCAAAGGCAAAGCUGGUAGCUUUGAAGUGACCAAAGCAGCAAGCAAAGCUCCUACUCCUUCAACCCAAAGAGAAGAUGAAAGGAGGUUAAAAGAUCUUUCAUCCAAGCUGAGAGAACUUGAAAGAGUUCACUUGACAGCUCAGUAUGACUUACGCAAAGCUGCUGAUACUAACAAAGAUUUAGAGAAAGCUCUAGAGGAAGCUAGAACUGAGGCUGAGGGUGAAGAUUUGAAAAGGAGGGAAGCUUUACAGAAAGGUAAAACUGAGUUUGAAAAUUUGGAACUGAAGUUCAAAGCUACUGAGAAAGCUUUAGAGAAAGCUGAGAAAGCUAAAGAGAAAGCUUUAGAGAAAGGUGACAAUAAUGAGAAAGCUUUAGGAGAAGCCAAAACUGAGGCUCAAUAUUUCAAAGGGAGGUUCCAAGAAAUUCAAACGAUGUUAGUAGAAGCUCAAACUGAGGCUCAAUAUUUCGAAGGGAGGUUCCAAGAAGUUCAAACGAUGUUAGGACAAGCUCAAACUGAGGCUCAAUAUUUCAAAGGGAGGUUCCAAGAAGUUCAAACGAUCUUAGGACAAGCUCAAACUGAGGCUCAAUAUUUCAAAGGGAGGUUCCAAGAAGUUCAAACGAUCUUAGGACAAGCUCAACAGCAUAUAAACUAUCUUCAAAGGGAAUUAGAUGAUGCCACCCAACUCUGCAAUUCGGAUCGAGGAAACUCAGAGACAGUUAGACAAGUUAACCCACGACGCCCCCACUUGAUAAGAGUAGCUAAGGAACAACCCAUCGGAGCCGAAGUCGGAGUCGGAGAGAGCAACAAUGCUCCCAUUCCAUCCAUUGAUUCCGACCAAGCCCGCCUCAAGGAGCUCGGCUACAAGCAAGAACUCAAGCGCGAUCUCUCGGUCUUCUCCAAUUUCGCCAUCUCCUUCUCCAUCAUCUCGGUCCUCACUGGUAUCACCACCACUUACAACACCGGCUUGAGAUUCGGCGGCACCGUGACUCUUGUCUACGGAUGGUUCGUGGCCGGCGCCUUCACAAUGUGUGUGGGGUUAUCGAUGGCUGAGAUCUGCUCCUCUUACCCAACCUCCGGCGGUCUCUACUACUGGAGUGCUAUGCUCGCCCGCCCACGAUGGGCUCCACUUGCCUCCUGGAUGACCGGAUGGUUCAACAUCGUUGGUCAGUGGGCAGUGACGGCGAGCAUUGAUUUCUCACUGGCACAGCUGAUUCAGGUGAUCGUGCUUCUCUCCACCGGCGGUAAAAACGGCGGCGGAUAUCAAGGAUCCGACUAUGUUAUGAUUGGCCUCCAUGGGGUUGUGGUUCUCAUGAUUCUUAUUCCUUUGGUUUCUACGGAAAGAGCCACCACUCAUUUUGUCUUCACCAAUUUCAACACUGACAAUGGCCUUGGCAUCACCAGCUACGCUUACAUAUUCGUUCUGGGCCUCCUCAUGAGCCAGUACACCAUUACAGGGUAUGAUGCCUCUGCCCAUAUGACAGAGGAGACUAUCGACGCAGACAAGAACGGGCCUAGAGGAAUUAUCAGUGCAAUUGGGAUCUCAAUUCUGUUUGGAUGGGUUUGUAUAUUGGGCAUAAACUAUGCCGUCACAGACAUACCUUACCUUCUGAGUGAGACCAACGACUCUGGUGGAUACGCCAUUGCUGAGAUCUUCUACUUAGCUUUCAAGAACAGGUUUGGGAGUGGCACUGGUGGAAUCGUGUGCUUAGGUAUUGUUGCGGUUGCUGUGUUUUUCUGCAGCAUGAGCUCUGUCACCAGCAAUUCCAGGAUGGCGUAUGCGUUUUCGAGAGAUGGAGCGAUGCCAUUGUCACCGUUAUGGCACAAAGUGAGCAGCAGAGAGGUUCCCAUCAAUGCCGUUUGGCUCUCUGUUUCCAUAUCGUUCUGUAUGGCCCUCACCUCACUGGGGAGCAUAGUGGCGUUCCAAGCAAUGGUGUCAAUAGCAACGAUUGGACUGUACAUAGCAUACACAAUCCCGAUCCUUCUGAGAGUGAUGUUAUCGCGUAACACCUAUGUGGCUGGACCAUUCAGCAUGGGGAAGUACGGAAUGGUGGUUGGGUGGGUGGCGGUCUUGUGGGUUGCAACCAUCUCGUCCUCUUCUCACUUCCUGUGGCGUAUCCCAUAA